AUUAAAUUUUUGUUGAGCGUACCUACUAACCGAAGUAAUACAAUGGAAAAUGAAACUCUUGAUGUACCAUUAAACCCAAUAGAGCCGAGUUCUGAGGAUGCGGAGAAAAAUCCUGCAAACAAUGAGGAAGCUCCUGGGCCAGUAAACCCAGAACCGACAAAGCCCGAUGAACCGACCAAGCCCAAGGAACCUGCUCCCGAAGAACCUUCAAAGCCCCAAGAACAAACCAAGCCUAAAGAACAAACCAAGCCCAAAGAACAAACCAAGCCCAAAGAACAAACCAAGCGUGAUUCCUUCGAGGUUUGUGUCUCCCCUACACCUUCCGGUGAAGACCUUCCUCCGGACGAGACCAAGAAGAUCAUAACGUUGACAAACGACAUUUUACAACGCUGCCAGAAGAAGGUCGACGACCAGAAAAUCAGUAGCCACAGUCUGUCAUACAUGCUUCUAAGAAUCAAAGAAAGUCUGAACGCCUAUUUCGACGAUUACGUUCCCAAGCUCAACACUUUUAUACAUCACGCUGAUAAAAUCACGGCGGACUAUUACGCGGAAAUGUGCUGUAAUCUUCCGAAGUACGGGGACUACGUGAAGGCCAUUGAGGCAGUUCAGGGCGAUACUAUAGAAGUGGGGUUCUCCCAUCCAGUCAACAAAAAGGAGUUGAUUGAUUUGGUUCAAGACGUCGCCGACAACUACAUGUCACUCGCGUUGUUCGUGAAGACCGCCAGAGGAAACUACAAGGACGUCCACAGCCAAAUGUUCGAGAGGAAGGAGAUGGUGUAUAGAGUAGAGAUGAACAUACCCGGCUGGCUAAAGCUACAGGACAACAUAACCCAAGGGCUGGAAGAUAUUAGAGACCAAACGUUCAAAAUAUCCGCCUACCUGGACUUCUUGAGGCAAGGAGAAUCUAGAACUUCACCCACGCUUGAUCUGUCUGCUCUAAACAAAACAGGGAUUGAUGAUAGUGAUACAGUCACUGUCUUGAUGCCGCAGAAAGAUAUCGACAAAGAGGGUUAGUGAAUUGUCUAUGUCCCUUGUGUUGUGACCGUUUUGUUCAUGUUUAAUUUAUUUAAAUUUGUGUAAUAGAUAACUUCAAUACUAUCAUGCACUUCUUUGACCUAAAAUAGUUUCAGAAUUAACUAGAUUGUUGUGAUAAAUACGUUUAUUGGGCAUUCA